AUGGGGAAUAUUUGUAUACAUAAAUAAGAAAAUUAGAGAGCAAAAAUUAUUAAAAUAAUUGGAUAUCCUCGCUUGAAUUGUCCUAACAAAUUGAUUUUAGUACCUAGUAUUUAAAAUUUAACAUAAAAUUUGGAUACUUUUGAGGAAGACUUUUAUAAAAGUGAGUUUGUUUUGGAUUUCUAGCCUGAUAUAAAUAGAAAUCAGAGCACAAGAAAAGUUAAACUAGGGUCAACAAUUGAGGAAAUUAAUCGCUUAAACUUAAUUUAAUGCCCUUCUUUAUGCCAUAUUGAUGACAACUAUGAAAUUCAUCAGAAUCAUCAAUAAAAACAGAUGUCUAAAUAUCAUUAAAACAAUAACAAUGAUAUCCUUAGAGGUCAGAAACACAAUUAAUUAAAAAAAAGAAAUAAAAAGGUUUCACUGUAAAAAUUAGAAUAACCAAAAAGUAUUCUCAAAUCUCACACAAAAUAACAAAAUCCAUCUUAUAGUAGUUUCUUUGAGAAUAAAAGCCCGCAUACAGUAACCUUUAGCCUUGCCUCUAGUAAUUCAAGAAAUUCAAGAUCUUUAUCCCCUAUGAUAAAUGCUUUAAGAGUAAAUAGGCAACCAGAGGAGAGCAGAAGUAUGUCUUAAUUAUUAUAAUUUCCUUACUUGUGA